AAAGGGUUAAUGGCCGCAUGCCCCCCCCCCCCUGCCCCGACCGUUUACCCCGUAUAAAUAUCAAGGUAAAUGUUUAUGAAGAAAAACAUGAUAAGACGGAUACAAGGCAUUAUAGACUCUGUUUAAAUUGUAUACGUCAAACCUACGUGAUCGGCUAUGCUCACUAUAAAUUGUUAAAUUGGCCAUGCGAAUAGUUGACAAUUAUGGUUCAUUACCAGUUUAUUUGUCGGCAAGUUCAAUAAUCUCACACAAUAUCUGACUAGCUCAGGAAGGGGGAUGUGACUGCAAAAUGUCUGCUCAAUCAGUCUAGUUUGCUAUUGGACGAGAUAUUUAUACUUUGAGCUGUCUGUCUUGAGAUAUAGCCAUGUCUUCAGCUGAGACAAGCAGGAGACUGAGACACAUUGGGCUAAUAACCCAGCAGCGGAGACUGCGACAUUUACGGAGUCUCUCAGCCAGGAACAUCAGCCAGGUGAAAUCACAAUGGGGGACGGAAUCUCUCAUGGAAACCUACUUCUCUCUCCACAGUAGCAGUAGUAGUGAAGCCUUUUACACAAGUGAAAAGAUCCAGGACUCCUUGAAUCCAACGUGGCGAAGUUUUGACCUCUGUCGGUCAUGUCCAGAGGUCAACACGGCUUUGUCCGCAUUUUAUGUGAAGGUUUGGGGCGGCCAUGACAGUGAUUUCAAGCUUAUCAUCGAAUGGAAAGUUGAUCUCAAAGGUCUCUCAUUCAUCGGUACAAAGAUUCACAAGGAUGGUGUGAAGUACCAGCCUAAUUCUAUUAUCUUUGGCAUGUUUGAUGGUUUCUAUAGUUCAACAGAUAAUCUCCAGGAUUCUUCGAAAAACAAAGCCAAAUUUUGCAAGGUCUUGGAAGUUGACCAAAGCUCUGCAAUCCUCACAUACAACUCAUAUUCAUUAGCAAGGUUACACACUACCCAACGUGCAAUAAAACAAACGGAGGUGACGGUAGGCAAAGUCAGGACGUCCAUCAUUCAGAAAUUAAGUGAUACAACUAAUAAAACAAGAUUGUGUUCAGAGAAGGAAGCAAUAGAACUGAGGCUGCUGCUUUUAAAGGAAGAAAUCCUGAGCCAGAGGAAAAGGCUGGAGAGAGAAAAAGAAAUUUAUGACCACCACAAACAACAGGUCCAAUCUAAAAUGGAAUCCACCAAGUUAAAAUGGGACGAAUUGCAGCCUAGUAACGAAGAGCUUGAAAUAGAGAUUAAAAACUUGACAGAAACAAAGGAUAUCAAAAGGCAGGUGAUUUCAAUGUACACAGCCAGGAAAGCCUCUCUCAUACAAGAACUCUCACGCGUCUAUCCAAUCCAACAACUUCCAAACAAUGUGUACACCGUCUGCACAGCACCUUUACCAAAUGCUGAGAGCAACAUACAAAUGAAUAAAGAUGACAUGACGAUCUCUACUGCACUGGGACAUACGAGCCAUCUCACUCUGAUGAUCUCAAAGUUUCUACAGGUUCCGCUCCGCUAUUCCAUCCAUUACAAUGGAUCCAGGUCUACCAUACAUGAUCACAUCACGGAACAGUUACAAGACAAAGACAGAGACUUUCCUCUCUACACCAAGGGCAGGGAGAAGUUCCACUUCAACUAUGCCGUCUAUCUCCUCAACCGUAACAUCGCCCAGCUUCGGUACAUCCUGGGACUUGGGACCUCUGACCUCCGUUUGACCUUGCCUAACCUCCAGACACUCCUAGAACUCAAGUGGGGCUUUUCGGUCUCUGUUCCUGCAUCAUCAUCUGGAGCUAAUGCUCAACCGCCUGGAGCCGCUUCACAACCGAUUCCAGCCGGAUCUCCCCGGUCUCGUGCCAGCAUUGGGAUCCAGGCCUCCAUGGCCAGUCCCUACAUGUCUCCUAACCCUCCCAACUACUCCUCAGCAGCUCCCAGUGUGCCAGCCGGUCUCCUGGGGGAGAACAUUCCCAACAGCCCGCCUCCUCCUUACCACAUCUCUGAGGCAGCUAGACAGGGAAGGACCAGAGACGGGACCGGUUCUACCCCACAGGGCGAAGAGGGAUUGGUUCCUCUGGAGGGGGGAGGUGUGAAUGGAGAACGUAGGGGUGGGGCACUUCGAGACAGUGGGGUAGUGGUGACAGAAGGAGAGGAAGCAUCGCCAGGGGUUGUGGAGGGCGACGUGAAUCACAGCAGCGGCGGGGAUGCGCAUGAUUCGAGCAAUGGAGAAGCGGCGGUGAGUGAGGAUUCCCUUAAUGGAAGGACUUCUGAAAGGGAUCGCAUUCCAAAUGAAGCCGAUAGUGAUGGUGAUGAUGAAGAUGACGAGGAAAGAGUAAGAGUGAGUGCUGAAGUUAUAGGUAUCAGCCAACUUAACUAUAGUUCUGGUGAUGCGCUUUCGCAGGAUAGUGUCGAUUUGGGUUCAGUGCAUAUAGGACAGGGCAUUGGCUCAGGAACCACUAGCCCUACAAAGAGCAACCCAUCACCUAGUGACUCACAGACAGAUCAACCUGCAGGUGAAAACAGAGAAGGAUCAUGUGAGCAAGCAAAAGGAAGCAGCGAACAAACACCUUCGACGAGCCCAGCACAUAACCAGUCGAAUUCCAAUAAUGCAUCACCUCCAUAUAUUCCAGGGCAAUGUGCAAAAAGUGAUGGUCAUUCCAGCGUUUCAACAAGUAAAUCUCAUGUGGAGGGUCAAGAGGCUGACCCUUCAGUCGUAACCCAUGACCCCAAGGGGUCGGUGAGAGAAGUGCCUUUCAUGGCUGUGGAUCACAUCUUCCGUUUUGACGACAUCAGCUCGAGAGCCGAUGCGCUGUCCAGUCAGGGUAGCUUCUCUAGAUUCAAGUCAAACAACUCUGUGUCUGUUCCCAAGACUAAGAGCAUACCUGAUAGCUAACACAAGUCAUUGUGCAAAGUUAGUUAUUGAUAAUAUGAACAUUCAAUUGAAGAAUUUUACUAGGAUCAGUCUUGAAAUUUGCACUAUUUAACUACUCAAAAAAAAAAUCAACUUGGACGGU